UUUUAGCAACUUUUUGAUUUACUUGAAAAUACUGUAGUUCUUUCAUUCUCGAAAUGUUUGUGAUUCUUGUGAAACAGAUUUCAUGGAAAUAAUCAAAUUGAAUUUAUUUUUAUAGGUGCUGAUAACUAUGAACAAGAUAAACAACCAAGACAGUUCUUCAAUACUGACACUCAAAAUACUCCAAUCUCCAAUCAGCAGCAUUCAGGAGUUCAGCCACCACAACAACAUCAUCAUCAUCAUCAUCAUCAUAACAAUCAUAAUCACCAUCAGCAUCGUCAUCCGCAUAACACAGAGCAACAAAAUUAUAACAAUAAUCAUCCGUACCAACGACCUAUUGGAUCCAGUCAGAACCGUCCUAAUCCAGUAAAUCUUCAGCCUGGAAUUCAGUAUGGUCAGUCUCAAAUCGUACAGUUUCCUUCAAGUGACAAACAUCAACGCAAUUCUAAAGAUAAUCAAAAUUGGGAUUGGCUGCUCAGUCAGUCACCAAGCAAAUCUUCAAAUAGUGAACCGUCCAGUAACCAACAAAAUGGCAAGCAACAAAAUUCAAACCCAUAUGCACCCACCAACAGCCAGUAUCCUAGUCAGUAUGGCUCCCAGUAUCCGGGAAACUCCUAUUCAACUAAUCAACAAUCACGUCCUGAUUCUUAUCAACCUACUGAUAGUAGUCAAUAUCCAGUAAAUUAUUAUCCACAGAGCAAUUCGCAGUAUCCUUCAAAAAACCCAUAUAGUACACACACUGGUCAGACUCCCCCGUCAAACAGUCAGAAUCCUCCCUCUGCACCGGUCUACUCAAAUCAGUACCCUUCAUCCUCGCCCAACAACCCUUAUUACCCGUCAAACACUGGAUCACCAGAUCUCAAUCCGGCUCUGCCACUGAACAAUCCCAAUUCUGGCACUUCACCUUCGAUCCUCUUCAAACCGAAUCCAGUUUACCAGACGCCUGCAAUAAAUAGCUAUGGAAUAUCUCAACAAAACGGAUAUCAACAGCCUAGUGGAUCGUAUCCCUAUAAUAACAAUCCUCAAAACUCAAAUACUGGUUCAAAUCAGAGUCCGUCGUACAAUCCGAACAGUGGUGGAGAUGCAACCAAUAAUUUCAGUCCUGAUCUGAAACCCGCUGGCUCGGCUCAAUCAUCAAACAUACAACCAAACCCCUACAUUCCGACUUCAUUUGUGCCAGGAAGUAGGCCUGUCACCAAUGAUCCAUACUCAAAUUCAAAACCCGAUCAGAACUUUCCAAAUUUUGAUCCCAGUGGUGCCAAUAACCAGGUUUAUGCCCAAACUACUCCCAGAACUGGGAAGAAGAACAGAGAUCCAGAAACAAACAAAAAGCCUGUAAUGUGUCCUGAAGGGUUCAGUGGGAUAAUUCCACAUCCUCACGAUUGUUCAAAGUUCUUGAAUUGUGACAGGGGCAGGACUUUUGAGACUAAAUGUGGAUCGGGAGCAUUCAAUCCGAUUCUAAUGGUUUGUGACUUUCCACACGCUAUAAAUUGUGUGGCUGGCGAACAAGAUGAAACUGAACAAGAGGGUGAUAGGCCUAAUGGCGGUCAUCAAACGACUGAGGCGACCGACCUGGAUGAAGAAAGUUCGUCUGUGUAUCCGGUUUAUGCAAAAGCUUGUGAAGACACUCAGUUCCGUUGUACCGAUUCAAGCUGCAUUGACAAAUCAUAUGUUUGUGAUGGCUAUUCGGACUGUGCAGAUAGGUCGGACGAGACAAACUGUACUAAAGGUGAUCUCAUUGAUGAUCCAAACAGCUAUGUUGAGAAGGUUGACGUGAGAACUAGCAAUAGUUUCUCAAGUUCGUCCACACCUAAAACUACAACCACGAGUACAACUGAUAAGGCUGGUGGCUCAGAAAAGAAGGCAGACAAACCUGUGUAUCGGAUUCCACCUCCAACUAGGAAACCGAAAAUUGGCUCCGACAACACGAACUUCCGACAUCCAAGUCAGGAGGGAUUCUAUAUUGUUGAGAACAAAACUGACACUAAGUCUCGCCCGAAAGCGUUGUCUCGGUCCAUAAGUGAGCCUCCUCUCAGCAGGCAAUUGGUGAGGCUGCGUGGCGGCCCGAGACCAUCUGAAGGCUUUCUUGAGCUACAAAUCUCGAAGCCCGGCUGGGGAAUUGUGUGUGACAAAGAGAACAGCUGGACCAGCAAGGAAGCUGACAUUGUAUGCAAACAGUUGGGGUAUGCUAGAGGAGCUGACUCAACCUGGCAAGGCCGUCCUUCAGAAGGUGAACUUGAUUCGCUCAAAAAUAUCGUGGUGGACAACAUUGAAUGCACAGGAAAAGAAUCCUCAAUUAUUGAUUGUCAUCUUGAAAAAGAAAAUACUUGUGAUCCAGAAAGAGACAGUGUUUGGAUACGCUGCAAGCAGAACUGGUUGUCAGCAUGCCAGCCGGGGGAAGUCCACUUUGACGACAGCUGCUACAAACUGGUUGUGCCCAAAGAGGAGCGAAAGGACGAGACUGUCGGGUUCAGUCAGGGUGAAGCUCUUGCGCAUUGUAAGCUCAGUGGCGGACAUCUGCUCGACAUCAAUUCUAAGAAAGAGAACGAUUUCAUAUCGGAGUGGCUGUUGAGUGAGAAAGGCGUUUCGAAUGUGAUGACAGCAGGCGUCGGCGUCUCCUUCAUGGGCCGACCGCUGUGGCUUUGGGAGGGCUCAGCCGAUCCGUUGGAGUAUUUCAAUUGGUGGCCAGGCUGGGGAGGCGGCAAACCAGUGUUUCCCAAGACAGAGACAGGUCGCGGCUUGUGUGUGGUGGCCAAACACAUGUUUCCGUGUCCGGGUGCAGCGAGCACCGCCGACCGGGCUGAGACGCGGCUCUGCGACGCGGAACAUUACUUCUGGCACGUGGAGGAUUGCAGCAUCAUGAGCGGGUCGCAUCCCUAUGUUUGCGAGCGCAAGGCUGAUGACAUUGGCUGCAUAGUUGGAGAUGGCAGAAGCUACAGAGGGACAGCCAAUGUGACAGAGAGCGGAUCGCAAUGCUUGGCCUGGGACAAUCAGCUGGUUCUGCCCGCUCUCCAGUUCAGAAUAUCCGAGUCGGUGCGUCUGGCCACUCUUUCCAAGCACAACAGAUGUCGCAACGUGGAAGGGUCAGACAGCAUGCCUUGGUGUUACGUGCGCACGGCAACCGGCAUCAAGAAAGAGUUCUGCCAUAUUCCCUCGUGUGCCGAUCAAGGUCCACAGGCGAAAUCUAUUGAUAUGUCAACAGUGAAAUGUAAACCAGAUUACUUUUCGUGUGGCUCAAAGGAAUGCAUUCCCAAGAAAUUCGUUUGUGAUGGCCAGCCGGAUUGUAAAAAUGGGUUCGAUGAAAUGAACUGCCCAGGUGAUUUGCGCAGUUUCAAGCAUUAUCCGAAGUCGAGGCUGGUGGACAGUGACCGAGAGAAGUGGCUGCACACGAGUGACGUCAACUGCGCCAAGCAGUGUCUGCAGGCCAAAAGCUUCAUUUGCCGAUCUUUUUCUCACAAUGCCAAAGACCAAACUUGUUAUCUGAGUGACAGCAAUGUUGGACUUUCCGGCCAACUCACAUCCAACGACGACAACUGGAACUUCUAUGAGCUGAAAUCGUUGACGGUCGACUGCAGUUCGAUGUUUGUUUGUGGCAACAAGAAAUGUGUCAAUACUUCUCAGGUUUGUGACGGACAUAAUGAUUGUGGAGAUCGAUCUGAUGAAAACUAUUGCCCAAUGAUUGAUGAAGGAUUUGAAAUAAGACUAGUUGGCGGAAAGAAACCAAGUGAAGGAUUGAUUGAAGUGAAAGUGCUGGGUCACUGGGGCCUUGUGUGCGCGGACGAGUUUGGCCUGCGUGACGCGAACGUGGUGUGCCGAGAGGUGGGCUACCCAAUGGGGGCGCAGCACGUGAAGCCCCGCUCGACCUUCGACAGCGCCAAGGCAGCCGCCUCCCUCUUCCUCAUCGACGACCUCGCCUGUCAGGGCAACGAGACCUCUGUCCGCCAGUGCGACCACAACGGCUGGGGAGUGCACAACUGCAAAUUGCACGAGGCUGUCGGAGUGGUUUGCCAAGACCCAGGCCAGAGUUGUCCGACCAACCAUUGGCGCUGCCCCGGCUCCGACUCGUGCAUUCCGGUCAUGUUUGUCUGCAACAAUGUGCGCGAUUGUCGUGACGGCUCUGACGAAGCUCCUGAAUUGUGCAAGACUAAAACUGAAGUGCGAUUAGUUGGCAAUGAGAGAAACAAUAAUCCGAAUGUGAUGGCUGGCAGAGUGGAAAUAAAGAAAUUUGGCAUGUGGGGCACAAUUUGCGAUGACGACUUUGGAGUCACAGAAGCCGAAGUCAUCUGCAAAUCUCUUGGAUUCCAGGGUAAUGCUGAGUUCCGAAAGGAGGCUUACUUUGGCGCUGGUGAAGGAAUGAUCUGGUUGGACCAGGUGCACUGCAACGGCUCAGAGAACAGCGUCGACUCUUGCUUCCAUCACAAGUGGGGAGAGACCAACUGCAAACAUAAUGAAGAUGUCUCAGUUAUUUGUUCAAAACAACAGAAACAUGACGUCCACAUGAGUAAAGCGCCGAAUGUGAAAGGUACGGAUGACAAUAAUUUGGUGGCGAGUGAAAUCCUGCCACUAGAAUGCGGCACUCUCGACGACAACUUGGAUGUGCUCAGCACUGAUUUCACUGCCAAAGUAGUAGCCGGAUUCGAAACACAGAAAGGAACUCAUCCUUGGCAGGCUAGUAUUAGAGCUAGGAUAUCGUUCAAACCAGUGCAUUGGUGUGGAGCAGUGAUAAUAUCUUCGGUUCAUAUUCUGACAGCUGGUCACUGUGUGCGAAGCUAUCCCAAAGAUAACUACUAUGUCAGAGUUGGCGAUCAUGAUACUGAGGCUGACGAAGGAACUGAACAGGAAGCCGAAAUCGAAGAGAUCUAUAUACAUGAGGAGUUCAACCAGGGUCCCAACCUGAACAACGACAUCGCGCUGAUCAAGCUGAAGGGGCGUGGCCUCCAGCUCAACACGUGGGUGAGACCCAUCUGCCUCCCUCCACCCUCCGUCUCCUACCAUCCUGGCCUCAACUGCACCAUAUCAGGCUGGGGCUCCAAUGGAGCAUAUGGCUCAGGAUACUCGUACCAAUUGCGUUCUACAUGGGUGCCAAUAUUGAAGCAGGAUGAAUGCACAGCUCCUUACGUGUAUGGAUCAGAUGCUAUCAGUGCUGGCAUGUUCUGCGCUGGCAGUCUGGAGGGGGGACCCGACUCUUGUCAGGGAGACUCUGGCGGUCCUUUUGCAUGUGAACAUAAAGGUCGCUACACAUUGUUUGGAGUGAUCAGUUGGGGACACAACUGUGGGAGGCCGAACAAGCCUGGAGUUUACACGAAGGUAGUGCAUUACAUGGACUGGUUGCACAAAAAGUUGCACGAAUCUUUAUCGUUAUAAUCAGUUCAUUAAUUGCAACACUCUACUUGAUCACAUUUGGACAACUAUUCAAAUCGACAAGGCUAGAGCAGGUGUCAAGUGAAAUUGAAUGAAAAUGAAAACACCCUUCCAUGAACAGAAAAUUCCAGCAAAUCAGUGACUGCCGAUUAAAAUCGUCUAGAUGGUAAUUAUGAAUAAAUUUCUAGGUAAUUCGUAGCGGUGAUAUUCCUGUGUAGAUAGUUGUAGAUUAUUGAAUUGUAUUGUCCUGUUGAAUAUUCCUGUGGUAGUCAUGGCAUCCAUGGUGGAUAAAAACAAGGCUUUGAUAAAUUUAAAUAAAUACGUUGUUUGUAGAUAUUGUA